AUGUCUCCAUCCACAUCUCACAUAUCCAGCCAGCUUCGGCAGUUGAUAUACUACCAUAUCGACAACAACCUAGUUCGCAAUGCGCUCUUCCUCGCUGGACGAUUACAUGCCUAUGAACCUCGAACCUCCGAAGCGUCCUACUUGCUCGCCUGGUGCUAUCUUUUGAACGGCCAAGUCAAAGCGGCCUAUGAUUACAGUCGAAAUUUCGGAUCACGAGGCACUCACGCUGGCUGUUCAUAUGUCUAUGCACAGGCGUGUUUAGACCUGGGAAAAUACUAUGAUGGCAUCACCGCCCUGGAGCGAAGCAGAAGUCUAUGGGGCUCGAAGAACCACUGGAACAAGCACAGCGAGACGCGCAGACAACACCUGCCGGAUGCGGCUGCAGUUCUAUGUCUGCUCGGGAAGCUAUGGCAGGCUCACAAAGACCUCAACAAUGCCGUAGAAUGCUAUGUUGAUGCCUUGAAGUUAAAUCCUUUCAUGUGGGACGCGUUUCUCGGGCUGUGUGAGACUGGGGUUAACGUCCGAGUUCCCAAUAUCUACAAGAUGAGCCCAGAAAUGUUUGCAAUUCUUUCCUCGGCACAAGAAGACGCCGACCCACCUCCUGACAAACCAACACCUGCGACUGGACCAUUGCAAGCCCAAGCGAACGCGAAUCCUAGCCUCGAUCCUUUUACCUCUGCCGCGUCAAGAAGUGAUUCUAAUGCUACCCAUGGAAGUUCGGCCUUGUGGGAGAAGCUAAAUGGCAGUACCGUGAGCGUUGCUUCUACUGGUGCGUCCGUGCCCAUCGUCCGAGAAGGAACCGAGACACCUGGAGGUCAGAGCAGUGAGUCCGAGGAAUUUCGCGUUGCCAAUGGAAUGGGGGCUGCAGACGCAGCGUGGGAACCGCCCUUGGCACCAGCACGAAAGAAUCGGACAAUACAAACAAUCGGUGUCGACCACCCUAUGGACCCGCCGCCGAAGAUGAAACCAACUGGAAUUCGACAGAGGACGAGGGCGAGACCUGAAUCUGAUGAGCAGUCAACUUCUCAAGCCGAAAAAGAUCCCUCGGCUGUCUCUAGGAUCGGGGACCGCAAGCGAACUGUUUCUGGCCAAGUCGCUCAUCCACCAUCGCAGCCGGUAGAACCAGGUGCGCCGCAACGGCGGAGUGUAAGGUUGUUUAACCAGAUCAAACCAACGACUAGCAAGUUCUCGGGUGCGGCGUUGAGCUCCAAAGACGGAAGAGAAGUUAAAAAGGUGAAAUCGACCAGCGUCAAGGCACGUACUACAACAUCGUCAACGAAUGUAAGCCGGGCCGUGAGUGGAAGCCGGCGACAUGCUCCGGAUGCUCACGACGGCGAUGGAAAAGAACACCGAACGACCUCGGGUCUCCAUGGGACAUCGUCCCGAGGCGCUGCUAUUGAGAAGACGAAGGCCUUCGAGGCAUUGACUUGGCUGUUGGAGCUCUUUUCCAAGCUCGCGUCGGGAUACUUUGCUCUCAGCCGGUACAAGUGUGUUGAAGCCAUCCAAAUCUUCAAUGCCCUCUCUCAAGGGCAGCGAGAGACUCCUUGGGUACUUUCGCAAAUCGGCCGAGCUUAUUACGAACAGGCCAUGUAUUCGGACGCGGAGAAGUAUUUCAUCAAAGUAAGGACAAUGGCACCAUCUCGGCUUGAAGAUAUGGAGAUCUACUCCACUGUUCUCUGGCAUCUGAAGAAUGACGUCGAGCUGGCCUAUCUGGCCCAUGAGCUGAUGGAGGUUGAUCGUCUCUCUCCUCAAGCCUGGUGUGCGAUUGGCAAUUCCUUCUCUCACCAACGGGACCACGAUCAGGCCCUGAAGUGCUUCAAACGGGCAACACAACUGGACCCCCAAUUUGCGUAUGGCUUUACGUUGCAAGGACACGAGUACGUUGCCAAUGAAGAAUACGACAAGGCAUUGGAUGCCUACCGAAACGGCAUUAGUGCUGAUAGUCGACACUAUAACGCUUGGUAUGGCCUGGGUACUGUGUAUGACAAGAUGGGCAAGCUGGAUUUCGCCGAACAGCACUUCCGCAACGCUGCCAGCAUUAACCCUACCAAUGCCGUUCUCAUUUGCUGCAUUGGUCUCGUGUUGGAGAAGAUGGACAACCCGAAGGCAGCACUUCAUCAGUAUGGACGAGCCUGUUCGAUUGCACCACAUUCUGUUCUGGCACGGUUCCGGAAAGCUCGCGCGUUAAUGAAAUUGCAAGAGCUAAAGUUGGCCUUAACCGAGUUGAAGAUCCUGAAAGAUAUGGCCCCCGACGAGGCGAACGUGCAUUACCUCUUGGGCAAACUCUACAAGAUGGUGCACGACAAAGGCAACGCUAUCAAGCACUUUACGACUGCCCUCAAUUUGGAUCCCAAGGCGGCACAAUACAUCAAGGAUGCCAUGGAAUCCCUUGACGACGACGAAGAGGACGAUGAAGAUAUGGCAUGA